UUUGGCUCAAAGUCGGCCCGGAAGUUAUUAAAAUGAUUUUGGAGAGCGCGAAACCGGAAAGCGAGAAGUGUUGUUGUUGUUGAUGGUUCUGGACUCUGUGAUUUGGUGUGUUUUUCCUUCAGCAUGUGUGAAAAGAUUACCAAGGUGAACAGCUGGCUCAGCGCGGUGUUUGGAGAUCAGCCGGUGCCACACUUCGAGGUCAACACACGGACUGUGGACAUACUGUACCAGCUGGCUCAGGCCAGUGAAGCCCGCUGCAGUGACACAGCUCUGCAUGUAGAAGACCUCAAACAGAAAGCUUCAGAGUAUCAGGCUGAGGGUGCUCAUCUCCAGGAUGUUCUUCUACAAGGUGUUGGCCUGUCCUGUGCCAGCUUGUCAAAGCCCGCUUCCGACUACUUGUCUGCGUUAGUGGACACUGCCAUGGUUCUUGGAGUCAGAGACACAUCACUGGGCAGCUUUAUGCCUGCAGUGAACAACCUCACCAACCAACUUCUGGAAGCAGAGAAGUCAAACAGGAGAAUUGAGAGGGAGCUCAGGGCCGUCAGAAAGAGACUCGGUUCUACUCUGGUGCUGCGGAGCAACUUACAAGAGGAUAUCAACAAAGCGGUCAAAUCUCAGGGAGUGGAGAGCGCCAAAGCAGAGGAGAGGCUCCUUAACAUGGAUUUUGUGACAGCAAAGGCUAAAGAGCUCGACAACAGGCGUCAGAGGGCAGAGGCUCAACUUGAAUCCAGGAACAUGGACAAGUCCAUCACCCACCAGGCUAUUAUGCAGCUCUCUGAGGAAGUCACCACGCUGAAACAAGAAACAAUUCCUCUGAAAAAGAAACUGGAGCCUUACAUGGACUUAAGCCCGAGCCCGUCUCUUGCUCAAGUAAAAAUCGAGGAGGCAAAACGAGAAUUGGCUGCACUUGAUUCCCAACUCGAGAUAAAUAUGGAGUUUAAGUGAAUACUUGUCAUGUUCAAAUCUGUCCUGUUCAUAGCUGUCAUUCUUCUGUGUUCGAAAAAUAAUAAAGUAAUUGUUUGUAUAA